UCGGAGGCAGAAUUAGAACCCACUUCAGAUCUGGAUAAUGGUCCAAGCUCUGUAUACGAUGCCCCCAUUCCUUUGCUUCUCAGGGCUGCUCCCAAAGAUGAAUGGGGCUUUAGGAAACCUCACCACAGCCUCUGAAUUUGUUUUCUUGGGAUUUGCGGACCUUCCCGAGGGGCAGGUCUUAUUGUUUGGGCUGUUCCUUCUCAUGCACGUGAUCACUCUGUCUGGACACCUGACCAUCACGUUGAUCACACUAAUCGAUCCCUGCCUCCAAACUCCCAUGUACUUCUUCCUCCGCAACUUAUCUUCCAUCGAGAUCUGCUACACACUGGCCAUCGUCCCCAACAUGCUGGCGAACCUCAUCUCGGUCACGAGGGAGAUUUCCUUCGCCGGGUGCGCGGUCCAGAUGUACUUCUUUGUGGCCUUAGGCACGUCAGAGUGCUUCCUCCUGUCUGUCAUGUCUUACGAUCGCUACACUGCCAUCUGCAACCCCCUGAGGUACUCGGUGAUCAUGAGCAGGUCGUCCUGCCAGAGGCUCCUCCUCGCCGUCGGCACCUCCGGCUUCGUGCUCGCACUUGGCCUCACGGUCCUGAUCUUUCGGCUCCCUUUCUGUGGCUCCCACGCCAUCAAUCACUUCUUCUGCGACAUUCCCGCCCUGCUCUUCCUGGCCUGCUCCGACACCCGGGUCAAUGAGCUCGUGGUGUUUGCUCUCUGCUUCCUUGCCCUCCUCAUCCCCUUCCUGCUGAUCCUGCUCUCCUACGCCUUCAUCGCAGCGGCCAUUUUGAGGAUCCGGUCGGCCGAGGGAAGACGCAAGGCCUUCUCCACGUGCGCCGGCCAUCUGGUGGUCUCCCUCCUGCACAACGGCUGUGCCAUCUUCAUCUACAUCCGGCCCAAGUCCGCCUACGCUCCGGACCAGGACAAGGUGGUGUCCCUGGUCUACACCAACGUGACCCCGAUGCUCUACCCCAUGAUCUACAGCCUGAGGAACCAGGAGGUGCAGGGAGCCCUCAGGAGAGUCCUGAAGAGGAAAGUAUUUUCUGAGAAAAUGUAACCUUCCCUUUCCUGUAGGGUGGUAGUGAGACCUAAUGGAAAGAGCCCGUGCCUGGGAGACAGAGGACCUGAGUUCUAAUCCCAGCUCCACCACUUGUCCACUGUGUGAACUUGGGCAAGUCACUUGGCUUCUAUGUGUCUGUUACAUUAUCUGUAAAAUUGGGAUUAUACUGGAUUACAUGUGGAACAUGUACAGUGUCCAACCUGAUUAACUUGAUUCUCUCCCAGUGUCUGGGACCUAGUAAGCACUUA